AUGCCACAGACCCGAAGUCAGAAGAGGAAGAUAGACUCAGAUGCACAGGCACGUGAUAGGGGAAAGAUUGGUGUUAAUUUGGAUGUUAUGUUUAUAGCAUAUGACAGACAAGAUCAAGGAGUAUCCGAAGCAACUAUGAGAUUUGCACUCUUGGAAGCUGGGGUGUCUUUCUCUGCAUUGCAAGGUUUAAGUCUUCGAGACCUUCAAGGUCUUUAUCAAUCACAAAUCACCAAAGCAAAGGUAUCAAAAUCAAACUCUCGGGUACAGCAAUCUCAUUCAAGCAAACAAACUUACUGCACUUGGAACUCAAGAGCUAGACGAAGCGCGAUAACUCCCAGCAGUACUUCACAGUACUAUAAGAUGUGCAAGGAGGAGCUCAUGAAACUAUUGGAGCCAUUUGAACUUGAUAGAGCCUGCCUCAAUAGUUCGGCUCUUGCAAAACUAUGCUGUCUGUACCAUUCCGAAAUCACUGCUUUAAAAAAACAAAACCCCGAUCAGGAACCAAUUGUACCCGAGGAUCAUGAUUUAGCUAUUGACCUUGAGAACCCCCGCUACCCGAAACAUGUCCCUCAAAGCUUGCAACCUGAUAUCAUUCGGCCAGCACUCGAAAAACAGCACAUCAGCGAACCUUCAUCGCCUCAUCUUCCUGAAAGCAACACUUUUGAAACAGAAUCUCACACCCCUGAUGCUCGAGAUAACCCGUCUGAUGUACACAAACAGCUCGGUAGUAGUAUUGGCCCUAAGGACAAAGUUGGUAGAAAAGCACCACGAAAGACACUAUCCGAAGCCAUCUCAGAGGAUGGUGAUGAAUCACCAACCCCAUCAUCUCGUCGCUCAUCCAACGCCCGAUGUAUAAUUCCAUCAUCGUCUCGUCUUGAUAACUUCGAAUUUCCUGUUAUAAACGAAGAGGAAAGCUAUAUUACACAAUUACGAAACAACAAGAAUCAGUCUGAUCCAGAUGAUGAGCCAUUUCGGGAAGAAGACUCCAAUUCUUCCCCCAAUUUCAACCCUAAUCGACGCUCCUCCCUCACGCUCAGAACCCGUUUUAAGAAAAAAGCAGCAACAACCAACCACAGAUCGCAGGCAACAAAUUCACCACAUCGUACAUCUACUCGAAACAAGGGAAAACAGAGGGCGAUUCAAAAUUCUUCACCUCCUAGAGCAUCAUAUCUGUCAUCCGAUCAAGAAGUUCCUACCCCGGAAGAUUCACCACACCAUCCAUCCUAUUCCAACAAAGGAAAACAAAGAGCAUCCAAUAAUUUUGCCAUAUCACCUCCGAGGCCAGACCCUACACCAAGCCCAACUGGUCCUAACCGAGAUACAGGUCUCUCUUCCUCCAGAAGAUCUCAAUUGGGUUUUCGAGAUGCAACUACCAAUAAUAGAGAUACCAAUCAACGUAAGUCAAGAUGUUUUUCUCACUGUUGA